AUGGGUGGCAAAAUUGAUAGAACUAUUAACAACGGAACAUCACCGCCUAUAUUCCGGAUUAAUGGUCAAAAUUUUCAUCGCAUUGGGAGCUUAGUCCCUUCAGUUGGCAUUCAACCUAAAUUUGCCCAGUUAUACAUUCACGAUACAGAAAAUGAGAUAGAAAAUCGAUUCAACUCUUUGAGGGCGCAAAACAAUGGUUCUACAUUGCAUGUUGAGGUAGUACACGACAUUAAGCAAACGCUAGAUGAACACAAUGUGUUGGUUAAGUCAUUCCGAAUGGCCAAGUCGUUUAUUGAAUCUAAUCCUCAAACUCAGAUAAGAAUGAGAUUAAUAGGGAAGAGGACCAAAGAUGCCAGAACUUAUGCGCUUCCAACUACAUCCGAGGUUGCCGCUCUCAUUGUUGGAGAUAUAGACCCUUACAUGGGACAACGUGAUAUUAUUGUCGAGUCUAGAUCAGGAGUCCUGAAACGAAUAAGUGAAUUAAACCCAGCUUAUUUACCAUUGCAAUACCCAAUAUUAUUUCCGUAUGGAGAGGAUGGUUUCAGGGAAGAUAUACAUUUUGCUACACAGGGUACUAAAAAAGACUUUUCAAGAAAGAGUGUUUCACAAAGAGAGUACUUCGCGUUCCGUAUACACGAAAGAUCAAAUGAGAUCUCAACUAUAAUGUAUGCUAAAAGGUUAUUCCAGCAAUUCUUGGUUGAUGCAUAUACUAUGGUUGAAUCUUCGAGGUUACACUAUAUUCGGUUAAAUAAAAAAGCUUUGAGGUGUGAGGCCUACAAAGGACUCUCUGAUGCGCUGACGCGAGGUGAAGUUCAACCCAGUUCUCAAGGUAAAAGAAUCAUAUUACCAUCAAGUUUCACUGGAGUAGCAAGGUACAUGAUACAAAAUUACCAAGACGCCAUGGCAAUUUGUAGAUUUGUAGGCUAUCCCAAUCUUUUUAUUACAUUUACAUGUAAUCCUAAAUGGCCUGAGAUAGAACGCUUCUUGGAGAAAAGAAACUUGAAAGCUGAAGAUCGCCCGGACAUUGUUUGCCGUGUUUUCAAAAUGAAGCUAGACUGUUUAAUAAAGGAAAUAAAAAAUGGGAAACUAUUUGGUCGCGUAAAGAAACGUGGUCUUCCGCAUGCUCACAUAUUACUAUUCCUUCAAGCGAACAACAAAUUUGCUGACCCGGCCUUUAUGGACACGAUCAUUUCAGCCGAGAUCCCCGACAAGGUGACAGAGAAUGAAUACUACAAACAUGUUGGAGAAUUCAUGUCAAUCAAGUACUUAUUCAAGUACGUAAAACAAGGGCAACGACCGGUCACUGCUGAGUUUUAUAAGGCUACGAUCGAUGGAGCUGGUAAUGAGAUUGUCGAUGAGAUAAACAUGAACUAUGAUUGCAGGGCGCAAAACAAUGGUUCUACAUUGCAUGUUGAGGUAGUACACGACAUUAAGCAAACGCUAGAUGAACACAAUGUGUUGGUUAAGUCAUUCCGAAUGGCCAAGUCGUUUAUUGAAUCUAAUCCUCAAACUCAGAUAAGAAUGAGAUUAAUAGGGAAGAGGACCAAAGAUGCCAGAACUUAUGCGCUUCCAACUACAUCCGAGGUUGCCGCUCUCAUUGUUGGAGAUAUAGACCCUUACAUGGGACAACGUGAUAUUAUUGUCGAGUCUAGAUCAGGAGUCCUGAAACGAAUAAGUGAAUUAAACCCAGCUUAUUUACCAUUGCAAUACCCAAUAUUAUUUCCGUAUGGAGAGGAUGGUUUCAGGGAAGAUAUACAUUUUGCUACACAGGGUACUAAAAAAGACUUUUCAAGAAAGAGUGUUUCACAAAGAGAGUACUUCGCGUUCCGUAUACACGAAAGAUCAAAUGAGAUCUCAACUAUAAUGUAUGCUAAAAGGUUAUUCCAGCAAUUCUUGGUUGAUGCAUAUACUAUGGUUGAAUCUUCGAGGUUACACUAUAUUCGGUUAAAUAAAAAAGCUUUGAGGUGUGAGGCCUACAAAGGACUCUCUGAUGCGCUGACGCGAGGUGAAGUUCAACCCAGUUCUCAAGGUAAAAGAAUCAUAUUACCAUCAAGUUUCACUGGAGUAGCAAGGUACAUGAUACAAAAUUACCAAGACGCCAUGGCAAUUUGUAGAUUUGUAGGCUAUCCCAAUCUUUUUAUUACAUUUACAUGUAAUCCUAAAUGGCCUGAGAUAGAACGCUUCUUGGAGAAAAGAAACUUGAAAGCUGAAGAUCGCCCGGACAUUGUUUGCCGUGUUUUCAAAAUGAAGCUAGACUGUUUAAUAAAGGAAAUAAAAAAUGGGAAACUAUUUGGUCGCGUAAAGAAACGUGGUCUUCCGCAUGCUCACAUAUUACUAUUCCUUCAAGCGAACAACAAAUUUGCUGACCCGGCCUUUAUGGACACGAUCAUUUCAGCCGAGAUCCCCGACAAGGUGACAGAGAAUGAAUACUACAAACAUGUUGGAGAAUUCAUGUUGCACGGCCCAUGUGGUGCUGCCCGAAUGAAAUCCCCGUGCAUGGCAAAUGGCAAGUGUUCAAAGCAUUUUCCAAAAAGAUACAUUGAUGCAUCGCAUUUUGACCAAGAUGGUUACCCGUUGUCAAUCAAGUACUUAUUCAAGUACGUAAACAAGGGCAACGACCGGGUCACUGCUGAGUUUUAUAAGGCUACGAUCGAUGGAGCUGGUAAUGAGAUUGUCGAUGAGAUAAACAUGAACUAUGAUUGCAGGUACGUAUCUGCAUGUGAGGCAACAUGGAGGUUGUUUAGUUUUGAAGUACAGUACAGAACUCCCCCGGUUGAGCGAUUAAGCUUUCACUUGCCGGACUGCCAGUCAGUUGUUUUCCAAGACGAUGAUACAAUUGAUAAUGUCCUCAAUAGGGAAACUGUUGGGCAAAGUAUGUUUAAUGCAUGGUUUGUAGCCAAUCAGAAGUUCAAAGAAGCAAGUCUACUGACGUAUAUCGAGAUGCCUACCAAAUUUGUUUGGAAGAAGGACAUCCGUGAAUGGCAUCCAAGAAAGAAGGGUUCCUCAAUUGACGAUGAUAAGGAGUACAUUGAUGCUAUAAAUGAAGCAAGUUAUUGGUCAAGUGCGCAUUCAUUGAGGAAGCUAUUUGUUGUCUUACUAACAUCAUCAUCAAUUAUUAGACCCGAAAAUGUUUGGAAUCAAGUGUGGGAGCAUUUGUCUGAAGAUGCUCAACAUUAUCAAAGGAGAAUAUUAAAACAACAAGAUUUGGUCUUAACAGAGGAAGAGAAAAAGAACUUUGCAUUAAUUGAACUGGAAAACCUGUUGGGUCAACAAAACAAGUCUUUAAAAGACUACCCCCCGAUGCCAACACCAAGUACUGAUAAUUCACGUUUGUUUCAAAAUCGAUUGGUUUUUGAAGAGUUGUCGUACGAUUCGGAACAGUUGAAGGCAGAUUCUGAGGUCCUUUGUGCCAAACUAACUGAAGAACAGGGUCUCAUAUAUGAUACUGUUAUCAAAGAUAUUGAGAACAAGAAGGGUGGCUUAUUUUUUGUUUAUGGUUAUGGUGGAACAGGAAAGACUUUCCUGUGGAGAGCGUUAUCAGCUGCAGUCAGAUGCAAAGGACAAAUCGUUUUAAAUGUCGCUUCAAGUGGCAUAGCUUCUUUGUUGCUACCAGGUGGCCGGACUGCACACUCGAGGUUUGCAAUACCUAUUGCAAUAAAUGAGGACUCUACCUGUAACAUUAAGCAAGGUAGCGACCUGGCUGAGUUGUUGAUCAAGACGAGCUUGAUAAUUUGGGAUGAAGCUCCCAUGAUGCAUAAACAUUGCUUUGAAGCUUUAGAUAGACUCAUGUGGGAUUUGUUGCGUUUUGUAGAACCUAAUAGUGAAAUGAAGACGUUUGGUGGUAAAACAGUUGUACUGGGUGGAGAUUUCCGUCAAAUUCUUCCAGUAGUUCCCAAAGGUACACGGCUCAGCUCGGUACCAAAUGGUGGAAACCGGCAUGCGUUACAAGAGUUUGCUGACUGGAUUACCAAUAUUGGCGAUGGGAAGCUUGGUGGCCAGAAUAACGGGUUUGCAGAAAUUGAAAUACCAACGCACAUGUUAGUAUCAUCCGGGGGGGACGACAUUAAAGCAAUUGUGCACAGUACAUUUCCUAUGUUUGCAAGUGGGAACACUGACCCCGAGCACCUGUUGGGUCGUGCCAUAUUAGCACCGACGCUCGACGUUGUCAACGCUGUUAAUGACUAUAUGACUGAGUUGCACAAUGCCGAAAGUAGGUCAUACUAUAGUUCAGACGCAGUAUGCAAAGCCGAUGGCGAUAACGGUAUAUUUGGAGACGUACACACACCGGAGUUUCUAAAUAGCAUUCGGGUUUCAGGUCUACCAAAUCAUACACUGACCUUGAAAAUCGGAUCACCAGUAAUGUUAAUGAGAAAUAUUGACCAUUCACUUGGUUUGUGCAAUGGAACUCGGUUGAUAAUCACAAAGCUAGCAGAUCAUGUGAUUGAAGGCGAGAUCCUGACUGGUCCCAACAAAGGUACAAAAGUGUUAAUCCCCCGAAUGUCAAUGGCACCCUCGGAUCCAAGAUUGCCGUUCAAGUUUCAACGAAGGCAAUUCCCAUUGAUGCUUUCAUAUGCGAUGACCAUAAACAAAAGUCAAGGCCAAACGUUGACCCAUGUAGGUUUAGUACUAAAGAAACCGGUUUUUGUACACGGUCAGUUGUACGUAGCUGCAUCUCGGGUUAAUAAUCCAGACGGCCUCAAAAUAUUGAUAGCAAAAGACUCAAGUUCAACUACAACCUCAACCACUAAUGUUGUAUAUCAUGAAGUUUUCAAUAAUUUGUAG